AUGUGGGUACCAUCCGGGGCGCGUUGCAUCCUGGUCUCUCGUCCUGCCCGGCCCCGCGUCGCAGCCUUCGGCAGCGCAACGCCGCCCCCAGAUAACGCCGCGAUUGGCCCGUUUGCGCCGAUAUCGGCCUCACGGGCCUCCCGGGCCUCGCAAAUGCAGCUGCGCCGGAAUGACAGCGGAAUGACAGCUGGCCGACCCGAAACAUGCCGAGUCACCGCUACUCUGAGACCAUAUGAUCCCCUUAUCGCGAUUUCGCCGGGGGUGCUGGGGGGGAGGGGGGUACCUGCUGCUGCGGUACCCGAAGAUCAGCAGGGCCUGACAGGCCAGAAUUCUGGAUGCCUGCUGGAAUGGUUGCUGCAUGACAAGGAUGCCGCCGUGAGGCAGCCCACCAGCAGCCAACCUUUAUGCCUACUGUCCGUGAGCGAGAGACUCUCGGUCCUGCUUAUCAUGCUGCCAGGCGCGGUGAACUUGGAGUGCGAAUGCAACCUCGACGAGAGCGAAGUCAUUCGCGUCUUGUUCCGGGGCGAUGCCGAUCGCAAGGAGGUUGGUGAGGUGCGCGGGUGA